AUGCCGCGUAUGGCGCUAUUAUUUCUAACGAGUACAACCUCAACACCUGAUCUGCCUCUUUAUGAAGAAGACGAUAAUCUUGCACCGGUAUAUUUUGUGAUUAUUGGCACUGGUAUUGUUAUAAUUGUUAUUUUAUUCAUAUAUGCCAUAAUAUGUAUUAGGAAGAGACGGUCCAAUAAUGAUGACGAAACACAAGAGAGAGUGCAAGAAAACGAAGCUGCUGUACCAUUACCAGAGACGCAAGUACCAAAAGGUUACGCUAAUUUAAACCGGGCUGCUGCUCCCGCCCAAACACUUGCCUCCUCGCCAACGAGAAGUGAAUACAUGGGCUUGAUUGAUGUCAAAACAGACAAAGCACAAGAACGUUUAUCAACAUUCAAGGAACGCUGUGAACCGGGGAGUGAUGUAAAGUGGGAACUACCACAUGAUGCAGUUAUUAUACAAGAUAUUAUAGGAGUCGGCGAAUUUGGAGAGGUGAUGAAAGCAGUUGCGUUCAGUUUACUUGGCAAUGAUAUAUGGAUGACUGCUGCGGUGAAAACACUGAAAGAUGAUUCCAGUCCAAUGGAAAGAGAAGACUUACUGAAAGAAAUCAAGCUAAUGAAACGAUUACCUCCACAUCCAAAUGUUGUUUCUUUACUCGGAUGCUGCACACGAGAGCAUCCUUUAUAUCUAAUUAUGGAAUAUUUACCUGAAGGCGAUUUGCAGCAUUAUUUACGAAGGAGUAAAACAGACACGCUUGCUAACUACAAGAACUUACAUCCCAACAGCAAAUACCUAUCAUCAGACGACCUUCUAUCAUUUGCUUGGCAAGUUGCUAAGGGAAUGGCUUUUUUGGAAGAAAAAGAGUGUGUUCACCGUGACUUGGCUGCGCGUAAUGUACUGGUGGAUGCGGACAAGACAUGCAAGGUGUCUGACUUUGGUUUUGCUAGAGAUGUCCUUGACGUUAAAGACAUGGACAGAAAAACUCACGGCUAUGUACCUGUUCGUUGGAUGGCGCCGGAAUCCUUGCUGUAUGAUACAUACUCCAGUAUGAGUGACGUGUGGUCGUAUGGUGUGUUGCUAUGGGAAAUAGUAACUCUUGGUUCAACACCAUAUCAUCACAUGUCUAAUAUUGAAGUUAUCGAUAAAGUGCCAGUUGGAUACAGGAUGCCGAAACCAACACACUGUGAAACAACAAUAUACAACUUAAUGUUGAAGUGUUGGCAAGAUGUGCCGGCUAGUAGACCUUCAUUUGAUAUAGUCAAUCAUGAAUUAGACGACAUGGUACAUUCAGAAGAGGAGUUCAUCACCCUACGAAAUUUCGAUGAGAAAGUCCUUAUAAGUCUAGAUACAAAACGUGAAAACCGUACACUACCACGGAAUCUCGAACCACCCAAGAAAAACGAUUUGAGUAGAUUAUCUCGUACUAUGUGA